UGCUGUAUGAUUUUGUAAUAAAUAAAAAAAUACAAAAAAAAUUCACAAAUAUAAUUUAUAAUAUUUUAUUUGCAUUUUUGAUUACCAGUUUCUCUCUUUAAUGGCCGAUUUUAGGGUUUCUGGCUGAUUUUUCAAAUCAAUUUGUCGGUAAAAGUCGAAGACAACAGAAUUUUUGGGCGUAGAGAAGAAGAUGGCCGACGGAGGGGAUCAAGCACGGGGUCCGAUAUUCAGAGACAUCAGAAGAUAUUACUGCGAGUACUGUGGGAUUUGCCGAUCGAAGAAAUCCUUAAUCGCUCGUCACAUGUUAACGGAGCACGAGGAGAAAGUGAGGGAAAAGGGGGAAAAUGUAGAAGAAGAGCAUGGAAAAAAGCUGAAUCUUUGUAAUGAGUGCGGGGCAAGUUUCAGGAAGCCCGCCUAUCUGAAGCAGCAUAUGCAGAGUCAUUCUCUUGAGGUCGAUUUUCAGCGUAUCAGGUGGGGGACCGCCUGUGAAGCUCCAUCAAGUGAGCCUCCGUCACGCUUCGUAAUUAUUGAGAGACCUUUUGUCUGCCCUGUGGAUGACUGUAACUCCAGCUACAGAAGGAAGGACCACCUUGCUAGACAUAUGCUUCAACAUGAGGGAAAACUUUUCAUAUGUUCUAUUGAGAACUGCAAACACCGGUUUGCAUAUCAAGGUAAUAUGACACGGCACGUUAAAGAGUUCCAUGUGAAACCUGCUCCUGCUGAUGUUGAGACCCCAAAGGAAUAUGUCUGUGGAGAGCUUGGGUGUGGAAAGGCCUUCAAGUAUCCAUCGAGAUUGCGUAAACACGAGAGUUCUCAUGUUAAGUUGGACUCAGUCGAAGCACUAUGUGGAGUUCCCAGCUGUAUGAAAUAUUUCAGUAAUGUGAAGUGCCUUAAAGAGCAUAUUAGGUCAUGUCAUCAGUACAUCAAAUGCGAUAAAUGUGGCCAAAAGCAGCUGAAAAAGAACAUUAAACGUCACAUGCGUUUACAUGAGUCAGAUGUUUCCCCUGAAAGAAUCAAAUGCUUGGUCGAGGGAUGUUCACUUAUGUUUUCAAACACCUCAAAUCUCAAGAAGCACGUCAAAGCUGUUCACUUUGAACUAAAACCAUUUGCCUGUGGCAUGCCUGGUUGUAGCAUGAAAUUUGCUUAUAAGCAUGUGAGAAACAACCAUGAAAAGUCUGGGUCUCAUGUCUAUACUCCUGGAGAUUUUGAGGAGUCGGAUGCACAAUUUAGAUCAAUGCCAAGAGGUGGCCGGAAAAGGAAGUUCCCAGUUAUCGAGACACUGUUGAGGAAAAGGGUUGUUCUGCCCAUUGAAUCUGAGUUUGAUAUGAAGUCGACUGAGGAAAAUGAUACUGUUAGUCCCAUUAUCUGCUGAAUUCAGGAAGAUGAUCCAACUUGAUCCUUUAAGGCUAUAAUUAGACUGUUAUAUUUUGUAAUAUAGUAUUAGUAGUUUAGUAUAUAAGUUCACUUUUAUAGAGAAAUGUGGAAAGUAGUGCAAGGAUUAAUCUGUAGUAGUUUGUGCAGUGAUUUUGAUGUAUUAUCCGGAAACAACUAAACUGAGUUCCAUGUUUUUGUCAAAAGAUGCAUUGGCUCCUGGUGAUCAAUUUUCAUUUGCUCUCUAUGAAGUGUUGCACUAG